AAAUUCUUCGUAAUAUUUCCGUUCAUCCGGAACUGUUAAAAUCAGCUGGCAUUAGUGUGGAUGGUCAGAGAUCAUAUUCAUUGGCAGAUUUCGUAUCUCUUGACGAGUUUACAACUCUAGCUGAAAAAGGACGAGACACAUAUGGUCAACUUUCUAGGAGUGUACAAGAAUUGGAAGAUACGGUUCAACGCAUAAAAUUAGGUACAGAAACGUUGAGAAAAAGGAAAUAUAACAACAAUUUUCCUACAAUGGAGAGCACUUUGAACCAAAUUCGGGAAGGAUAUGCAAGGCUAAGAAAGCAUGCUGAGACAAUAGAGCGAGAUCUUUCACGCGUUCAAA